GCCGCCGCGGUGAGCGCGUGGGAGCAGCUGGGCUCGACGGCGCGGCCAUGGCCGCGCACGGGAAGCUGCGCAGGGAGCGGGGACCGCAGGCAGAGUAUGAGACGCAAGUCAAAGAGAUACGCUGGCAGCUGAGUGAACAGCUGCGCUGCCUGGAGCUGCAGGGCGACCUGCGGCGGGAGCUGCUGCUGGAGCUGGCCGAGUUCAUGCGGCGCCGCGCCGAGGUGGAGCUGGAGUACUCGCGGGGCCUGGACAAGCUGGCCGAGCGCUUUUCCGGCAAAGGAGGCCGCCUGGGCAGUGGCAGCCGCGAGCACCAAAGCUUCCGGAAGGAGCCGUCCCUCCUGUCGCCCUUGCAUUGCUGGGCUGUGUUGCUACAGCAGACGCGGCAGCAGAGCCGGGAGAGCGCAGCCCUCAGCGAGGUGCUGACCGGGCCCCUGGCCCAGCGCCUGACCCACCUCUCGGAGUACGUGGGGCGCAUAGUCAGGAAGGGUAAGGACCUGGAGCAACAGCUGCAGGAGGAGCUCCUGAAGGUGGUCUCCGAGCUUCAGACGGUGAGGACCGGGCAGGGCCCCCCAAGCCUUUACAUGGCCCCAGGCCAGGCCCAAGGAGAAUUGGGUGCCACAUCCAGGGGAGACCUCGGGCAGAGCACCUCCUCUCCCUGGGCCUCAGGUCCUGGUUCUGGGCACAGGGGAUCAGGUAAAGUGCUGUCAGAGUCCCAGACAGGCAGUGUGAGGGGCUGGCUGUGGCUGUGGCCUUCAGCAGUGGCUGCCCUGCCUUGGUCCUCUUUCCAGGUCAGGAAGACGUACCAGGUGUACCGCACAGAAAGCGUGAAUGCUGAGACCAAGCUCCGGGAAGCUGAGCGCCAGGAGGAGAAGCGAGCUGGCCGGAGCGCCGCUGCUGCCACCACCAUUUCUGCCUCCGAGGCAGGGCCCUCCCGGAAGAGCUCCAUCAAGAAAGGAGGGCGACUGGUGGAGAAGCGCCAGGCCAAGUUCCUGGAGCACAAGCUCAAGUGCACAAAGGCGAGGAACGAGUACCUGCUAAGUCUGGCCAGUGUGAAUGCAGCCAUCAGCAACUACUACUUGCAGGACGUGUUGGACCUCAUGGAUUGCUGUGACACAGGGUUCUACCUGGCCCUGGGCCAAGUGCUCCGGAGCUACACGGCCGCCGAGAGCCGCACCCAGGCUUCCCAGAUGCAGGGCCUGGGCAGCCUGGAAGAGGCUCUGGAGGCCCUGGACCCUCCAGGGGACAAGGCCAAGGUGCUUAGGCUGCAUGCAGCUGCCUUCUGUCCCCCACUGCGUUUUGACUACCAGCCCCACGAGGGGGAUGAGGUGGCCGAGAUUCAGGUUGAGAUGGAGCUGCGGGAUGAGAUUCUGCCCAGAGCCCAGAAUAUCCAGAGCCGCCUAGGCCGGCAGACCAUUGAGACAGAGGAGGUGAACAAGACGCUGAAGGCAACGCUACAGGCUCUGCUGGAGUUGGUGGCGUCAGACGAUGGGGACGUGCUUGAGUCACUCCAGGCCAGUCCCUCCACCGAGUCCCUCAAGUCCACAGGCUCAGACCCAGGGGCCCGGCAGGCUGGCCGAAGGCGGGGACAGCAGCAGGAGACAGAGACCUUUUACAUCACGAAGCUACAGGAGUAUCUGAGUGGCCGAAGCGUCCUUGCCAAGCUGCAGGCCAAGCACGAGCGACUGCAGGAGGCCAUCCAGCGAGGUGACAAGGAGGAGCGGGAGAUGUCCUGGGCCCAGUACUCGCAGAGAAAAGUUCAGAGGAGCCGCCACCCCCGCCCCAGCUCGCAGUACAACCAGAAGCUCUUUGGGGGGGAUAUGGAGAAGUUUAUCCAGAGCUCUGGCCAGCCCGUGCCCCUGGUGGUGGAAAGCUGUAUCCGCUUCAUUAACCUCAAUGGCCUCCAGCACGAGGGCAUCUUCCGGGUGUCAGGUGCCCAGCCCCGGGUCUCGGAGAUCCGCGAUGCCUUUGAGAGAGGUGAAGACCCGCUGGUGGAAGGCUGUGGUGCCCAGGACCUGGACUCCGUGGCCGGAGUGCUGAAGCUCUACUUUCGGAGCCUGGAGCCUCCACUCUUCCCCCCGGACCUGUUCAGCGAGCUGCUGGCUUCCAUGGAGCUGGAGGAAGCAGCGGAGAGGGUGGAGCCCGUGAGCCGCCUUCUGGACCAGCUGCCGGGCCCGGUGCUGGUGGUCCUGCGCUACCUCUUCACCUUCCUUAACCACCUGGCCCAGUACAGUGAUGAGAACAUGAUGGACCCCUACAACUUGGCCGUGUGCUUCGGGCCGACGCUGCUGCCUGUGCCCGCUGGGCAGGACCCCGUGGCCUUGCAGGGCCGGGUGAACCGGCUGGUGCAGACGCUCAUCUUGCAGCCGGUGUCCGUCUUCCCUACCCUGGCCGAGCUGCCAGGCCCUGUCUACGAGAAGUGCAUGGCACCGCCCUCUGCCAGCUGCUUGGGGGAUGCUCAGCUGGACAGCAUGGCGGGGGAGAACGAGCCGGAGCUGGAGGCUGGGGCCCUGGCCCAGGACGAUGACCUGGAGGGGGUCGUGGAGGCAGUGGCCUGCUUCGCCUACACUGGCCGCACGGCCCAGGAGCUGUCUUUCCAGCGAGGGGACAUUCUGCGCCUGCACACCCGAGCCUCGAGCGACUGGUGGCGGGGGGAGCUGGCUGGCACGCGCGGACUCAUCCCGCACAAGUACAUUACCCUACCCGCUGCCGGGGCAGAGAAGCAUCUGGUGGGUCAGGGGCCGCAGGUGACAGGAGAGAGCAGCCAGGAGGGCCUACCAGUGGAGUGCACCAGCCGGCCAGAGCUGAGCUCCCCACUCGAGACCACAGGCACUUCUGGGCACAGACGGCACUGUCUCAUCCCAGCCUCCCCGGAGAGACAAGUGGAGGUGGACAAGGGUGUGACGCAAACCAUGGACUCUGUGUUUAAGGAGCUCUUGGGAAAGGCUGCAGCCCGCCAGGGCCUCGGGCCAGUGUCUCCCAGCUCCCCUGGCUCCAGCCGCCCCUGCAAGAACAAAGGCUUUCCCCGAGGCCCCGGGGCCCCGGCCUCCCCGUAAGCGUCCCCAGGGUCCAGCCACUGGCAGAAGCGUUCUUCCCGCGCCCUGCUUCUCCCCAGCCCUACCCAGCACGCUCAGAUCACCUGCCCUUGACCCUUUGCAGAGAGGAGGCCUCAGAUGCCAAACAGGGUUACCUGAUCCCACACCCCUGCCUGCCCCAGCACUGGCUUAAGAUGCUGUGGGAGGGGUAAGGGAGGAGGCUUGUCAGGGAGUGUUGGGUGGCAUGUGCCUGAAGGAGGUGGCAGCGAUUCAUAAAGACCCAAUGAGUCUCUGAA